AUGACAGGGAGCAACUCAGAGUCAGAUGAAGAGCCUCAGAAGCAGGUGCCAUUAAAGAAAGAAGAGGUGACUAUUCUGGAAUCUUAUUUGGAGCAAUGGGACUCCGGUUCAGGUCAAGAGAGAAAUGUGAUCUGGAAGGAUGCCACAACUGAAGCUCAGCUGAAGAAUCAUGGAGAAAAGAAGAAGGAUGCUAAAGCUCCUAUCAAUCUUGGGAGGAAGUGGAUGUACCGUACAGUGGUGGGAGCUCUCUGGAAGAAGGAGCUUCUGAAGAAGAUUCAAGAUGACACCAGAGUAAAUCCCAGAAAACUGGAGAUGAUGCACCACUACUCGAGGUAUCUUACUGACAUGGUGAAUUCUCUUACUGAGGAGAUAGAAGAUGCUACGGAUAUGGCCGGACAGUGGAAUAUGCAAGGAGUCCCUCCGGAUAUUCAGGCAGACACUGCAAGGCGGAAGAGCAAGGACUUGCUCGUUCAAGAAAGCCAGGAUGUGCCUGUUCAUCCUCUCGGCUUGGAAGAGCGAGGAUGA